GCAAAACGGGAACUUUUGGCAACUUGAUCUGGCAGCACUGGGCUGGUGAAGAAGCGAGCCAUUCAAGAUUCCCGCGGUUUCAUUAUCCACCUGACGUUUCGAGACUGUGUCCUGUGUCUUCAUUUAGCGUCCCACCGCUUCUGUUUAGCCCCGUACCUACAUUCCCAGAGGUUGGUGUUGGGCGAGACAUGGACAUCAAGCACAAAGAGGUAGUUGACUGGCUGCGGGAAGUGUAUGGGAAGGAGCAGAUCCCUCCUUAUGAGAAGACUGAGCGUAGCAUCACCAUCCUGCACCAACUCAUGACAGCCAGCAAGUGUUCGGAAGACAAUGCAAAGAUACUGGCAGAUGACUAUGUCACUAAAACUGCAGAAUACAGUGCUGAAGCCAAACAACUGAAGGGAUGGCUGGAUCCAGUCAACAUCUCCCUUGACAUGUUAUCUGAGGAGGGACAGACUCACCUUACAUCCUUGGCACACACAGCUGAAGUACUAGAUGUUCAAAUCCCAACUUGUACCAAUGUUAUCCUGGCCAUGAAUGAAGUGGAAAUUAACCAUAUGCAGGUUGGUGGUCUUGGGAAAUCCUCUGUUUUAUCAUUUUUUUUACCGCAUCUAAACCAUAGAGCUUAUUGUCUCCUUGUGUCUGUCAAUUACAAAAAAAAAUUACCCCUGUCCCCCCUGUGCGCAAGUCGAUGCGCUGUUUUCCUAUUCAUUCCUGUGGUAGCCAUCCUCACCACCACCACUCUUCGAAGCUACACGCACUGCUCGCCGUGCUUUGCCUCUGCUGUCGGUGGUUUUUCUUCAUUCAAGAUGUCUUCUUACGUGGCUUCUCCACCAUCUAUUGCUGACACUGACUUGUUGGGGGAAAGCGCACGUCACCCAACAGUCGGUGUUAUGUUUAUCACCGGCAGCCCGCGGUUCGGAACACAAGGAUCCUGUGUUUCGGGGACUGCACCGCCCGCCACUGCGCACUCUGCCUUCUCUUCUGGAAAAUUGUUUUAUAGGAUCCAUCAUCAGGCAGAGCUGACCUGGCAGCAACAGCAGGAGGAACAUGCCAAGAAUAUGAAACAGGAGGAAUUCAUGAACUUGAAAUGUAAUAACUACACAGCAGACAUCAGCAAUUAUGAGGCCAAUCUUAAUAAGGUGGGCAUGACCAGUAAUAUCACCCACCAGGCCCUGGCUACACAGUGGGCUGAGCUGCAAAAGUUGGAGAAGCAGGUGAGUCGGCUGGAAGACCAGUUAAAGAGCUAUACACUACCUCCUGACAUGGGGCUGGCCCAGGUGGAAGUUGGAGCUGCCCGCCAGGAGUUAGCCACUAUAAUGGAAAGUGUGGCUGCAGCCUGCAAAUAGGCCAGCCUCUCUUGAAGUGACUCCUGGCCCUUGAUUCCCACUCCAUUGAGCUGAAAUAACACUGCUCUCAUCUCCCCAUGGAUGCCUCAAAAGCAGGACACUUUGUGUACUAAAUGUAAGGUUUGCAAAGAAUGAAUUUGUAUGCAUAUUAUCUGCUCUAUUUAGUACUGGAAAUUUAUAAACAUUGAAUUCAUUGAA